GACUACUCGGAAACAAUGUGUAAGUAGGAGCUAUUAAUCAGCCCAGGUAACGCUAAAGGUAUUAUUUUGACCCCAGAAUGCAUGGCGUGUACACGGCCCCCGUAGGAGAAGUGGAUGCUCGGAAGCGGCUAAUUCAAACUAACGAAGCCUUCGUGGCCAUGAAGGAAUCAACCUUUUGUGUAACAUCAACUCUAAUCUCGUAUGUGCUGGCCAGCCUCCCGCGUCCCAUUGUAAAGCUAAUUCAAGAACUUCAUAAGGGGAAUGAGGGAAUUUUUAUCGGGAAUAUCGUCGGCCCUGAGGAAAUACCCAAGUUCUGUGGGUAUUUGUCGAAAAACGUGUCUCUAAUGUAUGGAUUUGGCGCCAUCAAUUCAGGGCUAAUCUUCGGACUAAUCACGUUCGGGGGUACAAUGAGAAUUUGUGUAUUUGGAAAUAAGAACCUUCUCCCACGCAGUGGCCAAGCUGAAGAAAUUACACGUGCAUUUAUGCGGGAAUUGGAUGACCUAGAAAUUAUGGAAUGAGUCCCACUUUAUAAGCGCGCGAAUGAUAUGAGAUCGGGGACCUAUAUGAACUACAUAUCGGGAAAUAUGUACGAGUAUUAUACAUACAUAAUAUAUUUAUGUAUGUAGUUAGUAAAUAAGAUAUAUUGCUUUAUAU